AUGGUACUGAAGUCUCUGUCAUGGAAUACGCUGCGCACGAGAAAGCGGGCAGAGCAGGAUAGCAGUGUCAAAAGCGAUGCCAAGCUUGAGAACGGACUUCCUCGGAAGCCCAAGGAAAUUCUGAGCACCAAGGUGCCAGUGCCCGUGAAAUUACUCCUGAACCAACUUCUUAGCACACCCCUGUGGUCACCUGUCUAUCUAACUCUGCUCUCUCUUAUCCCUGCAUCACAGGAGUCAAACAGUUCAGAGGAGUCCGAUUGCGAUGAUGAGCUAGUAGACCCCAAAACUAGCAUGGAGUUACUGAAUCCCAACUUUAUCCAAGAAGUUGCUCCAGAGUUCCUGAUUCCUCUGGCCGAUGUGACGUGUGCGUUUGGGGAGACGGUGGUAUUGUGCUGUAAGGUGUGUGCACGGCCAAAACCCAAGGUCACCCUGAAGGGACCAGACCAGAGCCUCAUCGUCAACAGCAGCAGGUUCACUAUCAACAUCAGGGAUACGGGUGACAUUUUGCUGAAGAUCUGCAAUCUGCUGCCUCAGGACACGGGUAUCUACACCUGUGUGGCAGUCAACGACCUUGGCACGGCCUCGUCCUCAGCCUCCAUCAAAGUCCAAGGUAUCCCCUCCGCACCUGCCAGACCCGUUGCCCAGGAGGCCAGCAGCUCAGCGGUGAUCGUCCACUGGCUUCCCCCGGCCAGCUCAGGGAACGUGGCCGUUUCCAGUUACAAUGUGGAGUACAGGCAAGAGGACUCGCUGGUUUGGCUGCAGUCGGUGUCCACCACGGACGUCUGUGUGAAGAUCGAGGACCUGAUCCCCGGGGGCCACUACCAGUUUCGGGUCAGCGCCAGCAACCCCUGGGGGGUCAGUCCGCCCAGCGAGCCCUCCAACAUGGUCACGCUGCCAAGUGGACCCACUACAUACGACGGGACAGGGAUUCAGUGGAAGGAUCACUUUGAGUCGGCUUUCACAGAAAUAUCUGAAAUUGGGAGGGGUCGGUUCUCAGUGGUGAAGAAGUGCCUAAUGAAGUCCAGCAAGAAGGAGGUGGCGGUGAAGUUCGUCAACAAGAAGAUGCAGAAGAAGGAGCAGGUGGCGCACGAGGCCGACAUCCUCAAGCACGUGCAGCACCCUCAGCUGGUGGCCCUCACCGACACCUACGAGACCGCCACCUCCUACGCCCUCGUCCUCGAGCUCAUGGAGGACGGGCGUCUGUUUGAGUAUCUGGUGGCCCAUGAUGAGCUGAUGGAGGAGAAGGUGGCUUUCUUCAUUAAGGACAUCCUAGAAGCCUUGCAGCAUUUGCACACCUGCAGAGUCGCCCAUCUAGACCUGAAGCCUGAGAACAUCUUGGUGGACCUCCACGUGCCCGUGCCCUGUGUGAAGCUCAUCGACUUGGGGGACGCCAUCCAAGUGUCUGGCCCCCGCUACGUGCACCUCCUGCUGGGCAACCCCGAGUUCUCGGCCCCGGAGCUGAUCCAGGGCACCCCGGUGUCCCUCACCUCGGACGUGUGGAGCGUGGGCGUGCUGGCCUACGUCAUGCUGAGCGGCGUCUCGCCCUUCCUGGACGAGAGCCUGGAGGAGACCUGCGUCAACAUCUGCAAGCUGGACUUCUGCUUCCCCGACGAGUACUUCUGCGGCGUGAGCCAGGCUGCGCGGGACUUCAUCGCCGCCGCCCUCCAGCAGGACCCCCGCAAGAGGCCCGCGGCCGGCGGAUGCCUGCAGCACCCCUGGGUGGGGGCCCACAGCGGGGACUACUCCAAGACGCCGCUGGACACCGCCAGGCUGGCCUCCUUCAUAGACCGCCGACGGCAGCUGCAUGACGUGAGGCCGGUCACCAACAUCAAAGGACUGGUGACCAGUAGCAUGGGCCACACACUGUGAGGGGGCACUGUGAGGGGGGAGGGACACACACCCAGGCAACCAAACCCAGGGCAGACUGUGGGUGUCAGCAGCUACAGUAGUCCCAUGGCCUGCUGACUUGGUGCCCUCGUCACAUUUUCACUUGUGGGAUUAACAACACACACUUUUGAGAGGGUACUGUGAGGGUUUUUCAGGUCGACCAGAACGGAGCCGGUGCUGGUGCUUGCACCAGAUACGUUCGGCACGUAAGUGCUUAUAUGCGAACCGCCCGUGUUCAUACCGGGCUCUGAGCUUUUUCUGCAUUACCCAGAUGAACCUGCUGGCGGCCACGUUGUCGUCGCGUUUCGCAGAGAAAAACCAAGUAUUUUGCGGUGUACAUUGCGAACCAACUUUCCGGUUCGCAAAUGCUAAGAUCUGUGGCAUGAACAUGACGGCCGGUUCGCAAUUAGGUGCGGGAACGGGCUUCUGGCACGGUUCUCAGUUGGCCUGAAUGCCCCAUGUGAGGGGACACACCCAGGCACCCCCCACCCAGGCCAGACUGUGGGUGUCAUCUUGUGGUCCCAUGGCCUGCUGACAUGGUGCCCUAGUCACACUUUCACAUGUGGGAUUAACAAGUCUGUGUGAGUGGAAGCCACGGCCGACUGUGGUGGUCUCUGUUUGCAGUCUCAUGGCUGCUUCAUAUACGGUCAUCAUCAUACAUAUAUGCAGGGCCGGAUUAAUAAGAUGGCCUGGGGCCACUAGGCUACAGGUUGCCCCCCUGGCAGGGUGGGGGCCCCUUGGCUACAUCCAUCCAUAUCUAGCCUGUGCAUUAAUCCGGGCCCUGCCCAUGUGUGUAGUGUGCAGUAGUGUGAUCACUGCUCUGUGUGAACUUGCUGUAACAUGUGACUUCUACUGGCUCAAGCAACUCCGGUGCACUUAGGUACGUACAGUAGCUGUCCUCUUUAAAGAACUUACAGUCACUCUGUCUUGCUGUUUUUUUUUCUGUAAACUGAACAAGCUGUUAUUUAUUCUGAUGGAAGACAAAGAUGUGAAACAAAACAAAAUGUACAAUACCUGUCGAAUGUGUUCAAACUAUUAAGAUGCAUUAGAAAGAAAAUACUUUGCACUUUGGGACUUUGAAUGAAAUUACGUGUACAGUACAUAGUUUACGGCUAUUUUCACAUUGGUCCACUUGCGACAACAAUAAACAGAAUGUAAUGGUGUAUUUGACCCGUCAGUGUAAUGCAUAGUAUUCAUAUCAUUGUUUAGAGAGUGCUAACUACACCACGACAGAUGCUUGAUAUUGUCCAUAUUUUAAUUGUACAUCAAUGUCAAAUAUUUCAGAGAGUCAAAGAUUCAGUCCUAAACACAAAGCUUAUCCCUGUAAAUUACUCCUCUCAUGUCCUUUCAACUGUAUUUAAAGGAACAGGUUCGGAUCGGUUAUGCUAUUUUUGGGAAAACAUUUUUUAUUUGUUACUUUUACUGCAUUUUGUAAAAUGUCAUGUUCAUAACAACACCUUGUCUGGUUACCUUUAAACAGGGACGGUUAAUUCUUAGAAUUGAAGAAUCUUUGCUUUAAAGUCCAUCCUGGAAACAUCAUGCUUUACAUCAUUCAACAGGUGCAUCCACUUCAAACAUGUAGCUAAAUUACAAAAUGGAAUGAUGCGAUGAUCUACCUUUAAGUCAUUUUUUCGUCUCGCUUUUUUUUUUUCGGAAAACUAUAAUGACACACUCCCUGAUUAUAGAGCUUGGUGAGAAACUGGGGAAAGUCCAUGCCUUAAAACAUUUUUUUGUAGUUGUGCCUGUAAUGUGAGACUAAACCUAUAUGUGUUCCUCAUCCCAUGCUCAGACCACCAGUAUUCUCUCCACCUGGAUCCCACUCACACAUUUUCAGAUGCAAAUUCAAGAUUGUCUCCAUAGAUUGUGCCCAAAAUAUUGCAAGAUGUUUUACAAAGAUUGUGUAGUGUUAGAAUGAUGCCAUGACCUGACAGUAUUCUAAAAGUGAUCAUCCAAGGUUGUUCGGACAUGAAUGGAGACGAUUUCUUGACAGGCCUGCCUAGCAUUUAGAUUGCACAUUUUUUCUACUAUGACAGCAGAGACCUUAUAUUAAAAAAAAACAUUGCUUUUAUUUUAUGUUAUGCACCAUAGUCAGCACUUCAUAUUGUUGCUCUGCUCAUUUCAUGACAAUAUCACAGGAAGCAGGGUUGUUUACAGUAGGCUGUAUGUAAAAUUAAUCCCAAAAAAAAUAUUACACACAACAGAGCAGAAGUAGGAUGAAUAAACAAAUAUUGUUUCUCUUUCUGUUAUUCCACAAAGAAUGUGUUUGAAGUUUUGUUGAAUGGUACAAGGUUUUGACUGACUGACUGACCGACUGAUUGAUUAUGUUCAUCGUGUACAUUGACUACCCGCUGUUCACUGACAAUUGGGGUGCAUUUCAGUUUCACAGUUAGUAAUAGGUUACACAGUCAGCACUGGACAUUUGGUUUACAUUAGUUGUAGUCUUACUGGAAUCGCAAAGGCUACAACUUUUCGGGAAGGUUUCAAAUGUGUUGUGGAAAUGUUUAAACUCCUUCAGUUUAAAUCUAUUUAAACAUAAAAUAAAAACUACAAUGUUAAUUUGUGGCACAUUACAGAAAUUCAUUGUGAUAGCAUUAUGUUUAACAAGGAGCUGAUAGAGUCUUUGACUUACAUAAAGUGUUCUUUUUUUCACCCUGUACAUUUGACCACCCCCUGUUUUAUUGCCUUGUACAUAAAUAGACAUAAAUAGGUCUGUGUAAAAUUUGCUUAUCAGAUGGAAAUAUCCUUUCUUAAACCAUACAGGCUGUGUGUUUGUUACUGAAUGUUUAAUAAACAGUGCUUGUUUAUAAAAAAUAAAAUAAAGAUUCCACAAAUGUAUGGCUGUAAUACUUGUACCCUGUC